AUGGCUUCGACCAAGGAGGUCCCCAUUCCGGGCCCCAAGGGAGUUCCCUUCCUGGGCAACAUCUAUGACAUCGAUAAAGAAGUCCCGCUGAACAGCAUCGAGCUUCUAGCGGACAAUUACGGCCCCAUCUAUCGCCUCAGCACUUUUGGUUACUCCCGCGUUUUCCUCAGCUCACACGAAUUGGUGGACGAGGUUUGCAACGAGGAACGCUUCUCCAAGGUCGUCACUGCGGGACUCAAAGAAAUUCGCAAUGGUACCCACGAUGGUCUCUUUACUGCCAACCAGGGUGAAGAGAACUGGGCCAUCGCACACCGCGUCCUGGUGCCCGCAUUCGGCCCCCUCAUGAUUCGCGGCAUGUUCGACGAGAUGUACGAUAUCGCAACACAGCUCGUGAUGAAAUGGGCCCGACAAGGCCCGACUGCCGCCAUUACGGUGACCGACGACUUUACCCGUCUUACACUCGACACCAUUGCUCUCUGCUCCAUGGGAACUAGGUUCAACUCAUUCUAUCAUGAUGAGAUGCACCCCUUUGUCGAGGCUAUGGUCGGUCUUCUGGCUGGAUCAGGAAGCCGUGCUACUCGUCCUGGCUUGCUAAAUAGCUUGCCCACCGCAGAAAACGCCAAAUACUGGAACGAUAUCACCUACCUGCGCAACCUGUCAAAGGAGCUGAUCCAGGCCCGCAAGGACAAUCCCGAGGAGAAGAAGGAUCUUCUAAAUGCAUUAAUUCUGGGCCGUGACCCGCAGACAGGUAAAGGAAUGACUGAAGAGUCGAUCAUCGAUAACAUGAUCACUUUCCUGAUUGCUGGUCACGAAACCACCUCCGGCAUGCUGUCCUUCCUUUUUUACUUUCUUCUCAAAACCCCACAUGCCUAUAAGAAGGCCCAAGAAGAGGUCGACAGUGUCAUCGGACGUCGCAAGAUCACAGUGGACGAUAUGUCUAAGCUACCUUAUAUCACCGCCGUCAUGCGGGAGACUCUCCGAUUGAAGCCAACAGCACCCUUAAUCGCCGUUCAUCCCAACCCCGAAAAGACCGGCGACGGGCCCGGGGGCGGAAAAUACGUUUUGCAGAAGGAUGAGCCCAUCGCCCUGGUAUUGGGCAAGAUGCAACGCGAUCCGAAAGUGUACGGCCCCGACGCGGACGAAUUCCGGCCGGAGCGAAUGUUGGAUGAGCACUUUGAAAAGCUUCCCAAGAACGCAUGGAAGCCCUUUGGAAACGGCAUGCGCGGUUGUAUUGGUCGUCCAUUCGCUUGGCAAGAGGCACUUCUUGUCGUUGCGAUCUUGCUGCAGAACUUCAACUUUCAAAUGGACAACCCUACUUAUGACCUGCGCAUCAAGCAGACUCUCACCAUCAAGCCCAAGGACUUCUACAUUAAGGCUUCCCUGCGCAAUGGCCUUGAUCCGACUCAGCUUGGGCUGGCCUUGAGCGGUACACCCGGUUCAUCUGAAAACAAGAGUUCCACCGACCGCCCCAAAAAGCCCAAGCAGACCCCCGCGGAUGGUAAGAUGAAGCCUAUGCAUAUCUUCUAUGGAAGUAAUACCGGCACUUGCGAGGCGUUCGCUCGGAGAUUGGCAGAUGAUGCUAGUGGCUAUGGAUUCGAGGCCCAGACAACGUCCUUAGACUCGGCAACCCAAAAUAUCCCCAAGGAUGACCCGGUCGUUUUCAUUACUGCUUCUUAUGAGGGUCAACCUCCGGACAAUGCGGCGCAUUUCUUUGAAUGGCUGAGCAAGCUCGAUGGAAAGAGCCUGGAGGGAACUAACUACGCAACCUUUGGCUGUGGUCAUCAUGACUGGUCCUCUACCUUCCAUCGCAUACCGAAGGCUGUCAACGAGCUCGUCAAGCAAAAUGGUGGAAACCGUCUCUGUGACCUCGGUCUCUCCGACGCAGCCAACUCAGACAUGUUUACCGAUUUCGACGGUUGGGGCGAGGCUACAUUUUGGCCUGCCAUCACAGCCAAGUAUGGCGGUGGUGAAGACAAAGCAACCAAGCCCAAGUCAUCUCUACAGGUGGAAGUGAGCUCCGGCAUGCGCGCUUCUACUUUGGGUCUCCAGCUCGAGGAGGGCUUCGUUGUCGAGAACCAGCUCCUCACAAAGCCCGGCGUGCCCGCUAAGCGCAUUCUGCGAUUCAAGCUGCCAACCGACAUGACCUACCAAUGUGGUGAUUAUCUCGCAGUACUCCCAGUCAACCCGACUCCUGUUGUCCGCCGUGCAAUUCGCCGCUUCGACCUUCCCUGGGACGCCAUCCUGCGCAUCCAAAAGCCCGCCAAAACCUCAUCCACACCUCCAUCCAUCCCCAUCGACACACCCAUUUCCGCAUUCGAGCUACUUUCAACCUAUGUUGAGCUUUCUCAGCCUGCCAACAAGCGCGACCUGAACGUACUCGCCGAUGCCGUCUUCGAGGACGCCGAGACGCAAGCCGAACUCCGCUACAUCGCCUCGAGCCCAAGCCGUUUUACCUCCGAGAUCGUGCGAAAGCACGUCAGCCCUCUCGAGCUACUGAUGCGCUACCCAUCUAUUAAGUUGUCUAUUGGCGACUUCCUCGCCAUGCUUCCUCCAAUGCGCGUGCGCCAAUACUCAAUCUCCUCAUCUCCCCUCUCCGACCCAUCCGAAUGCUCCAUCACCUUCUCCGUUCUCAGUGCCCCCGCUCUUUCAGGCCCAACAGAGCCAGGAAGCGAAACACCAGAGGAUUACCUGGGAGUCGCCUCAAAUUACCUGUCUGAGCUCCAAGCCGGCGAGCGCGCGCAUAUCACCGUCCGCCCUUCAAACUCAGGCUUCAAGCCUCCUGUUGACCUCCAAACCCCGAUGAUCAUGGCCUGUGCUGGAAGUGGCCUUGCCCCUUUCCGUGGUUUCAUCAUGGAUCGCGUCCAGCGUAUCCGUGGCCGCAAUGGCACUGUUUCCACAGACGAUCUGCCGACCUCAGAUAAGCCUGCCAAGGCGAUUCUUUACGUCGGAUGUCGAACCAAGGGCGUGGAUGAUAUCCAUGCCGACGAGCUAGCCGAGUGGGCUGCUCAGGGCGCCGUCGAGGUCCGUUGGGCCUAUAGUCGCCCUGUCGAUGGAAAGGGCCAACAUGUCCAGGAUUUAAUGCUUGAAGAUAAAGCCGAGCUGGUCAAUCUCAUGGAAGAUAUGGCCCGACUCUAUGUCUGCGGAAGCACUGGUGUUGGAAAUGGUGUGCGGGAGGCCUGCAAAUCCAUCUACCUUGAGCAUCGUCGCGACAAGAUCGCACGGGCCAAGGAGACAGGGGAGGAUCUUGGAUAUCUCGGACAUGACGUUGAGCUGGAUGAUGACGCUGCGGCUGAGUCGUUCUUUGAUCGUCUGCGUACGAAGGAGAGAUAUGCCACGGAUGUUUUCACUUAG